UUUACUUUUGAAAUCUUCAAGUAGAAUGUCUUUAUUCGUCACGAGAUUAUUGGAAGAUAAAAAUAGCAACUAGAAUUCCUGGAUUUUGAUAUAGAGCUUUGCUCUGAUAGUGUUGUGUUUUUGUACUAUCACCUAAAUAAUAUUUCGAAUUAAAAAUUUAACAGAGCUAGCUGUUCUAUAUUGUAUACAGUUUUGGUUAUUGAAAUAUUAACAUGAACUACAUUGACAUUGUCAAAGUUUGUCAAGAAUGGUAUAUGCGAAAAUUCGAUGUCCCAUGUCAAAAGAUUAAAGUCUCAAGGCUCAAACUAUCUGUAAGUGGUGAUUGUGAAUGGUCUACUUUGGACCGAGGACCGGAGGUGUAUGACACCUCAAGAAAGGUGAUAGUCAACUUUCAAGAUCACCACAGAGACCCAUCGUGUGACUUAACGGUUACAACAUCAUCCAGUAAUUCAAUCAACGUAACUCUCUCACAAACAGUGGUCAAAGGAUUAUCAAAGAGUGUGGAGAUACCCUUCGACGACGAGGUACCUGAGAAAGUUAUAAGUAUUUUUGGAAACUCUUUAAAGAUUGAUCCUGGCAAGCAGAAAGAUGAGAAAAUAUUUUCCCCAAGUUAUAACGAGCAACAUGCAGACAUAUCUGACAAUGUCAACGUUGAAGCUGACAUACAAACAUCUGAGAGCUUUUAUAAAGGAAGAUUUGACUGCAAACUUCAGCUAACAGGAAAUGUUAUAUUUGAAUCAAACGGGGAAAUAAAGGACCCAAACAUUGGACAAAUCGUGGAAGAAAUUAAUACAAUGACCGGAGGUCACCUGAACAUGUUUGGUCUUGUAAAAGAUUACAGAAAAAAUAGACUUAUUCCAAAAGGCAUUUGUUGGUCUGCGGCUGGAGAAUGCGAACUGACCUGGAAUCCUAAACCAUACAUUGAAUGGAACUGAUGACUUGGACUUAUUGAAAAAAAGAACAUGUAAUAUCUAUGUUGAUAUUUACAAGCAAUUCACUUGUCGGUUUAUUCAAGGUCUAAAUCGAUGCAGUUUAGAAUAAAUAUAAGACCCCUAUUUAUAUAUGUUAGUUCAAAUAUUGUAUACUUACCAUGGGCGUAGCCAGGGGGGGGGUUCUUGGGGUUCACCCCCCCCCGAAAGGGGGGGGGCGGAAUUAAGUGACUGAUUUUUGCUUUCAUUUUGUUUAUUUUAGGUGAGAUUUUAAUACUAAAUCAUCACUUACCACAGCACAGCCGAGGCAGUUUUGAGUUAAAAACCCUCUACCAGGGGGUUUUGAGUUUAAAUCCCCCUACCAGGGAGUUUUGAGAUUUAAAAAACCCCUAUCAGGGGGUUUUGAGAUACAAAUCCCUCUACCAGGGGGCUUUGAAUUUUAAACCCCCUACCAGAGGUUUUUGCAGUUAAAUCCCCCUCUUCUAUAAAACAAAACAAAAAAAAUGCAAACAACCUUCCCCAAAUUCCAACAGAACAGUUGAGGAAGAUUUUGAUUUUAAAACCCCAUCCGAAAUUUACGAUAACCCCAUCUUCAAUAUUAAAAAAAGCAAAUUACACACUCAAAAUUCUAUGAGCGUAGCCAAAGGGGUUUUGAGUUUAACCCCCUCCCCCUUCCAGUUGGGGUUUGAAGCUAAAAAGUACCUCUUCAAUAUAAAAAAAAGCAAAUUACACACUAUAAAAUCUAUGAGCGUAGCCAAAGGGGUUUUGAGUUUAAAUCCCCCUCCUCUAGAUGGCUUUUUCUUUAAAGUUUAAAACCCCUCCAGAUGGUUUUGAGUUUAAAAUUCCCCUACAGAGCGUUUAGAGUUGAAAACCUCUCUCUUCAAUAUUAUUUUAAAGCAAACUACAGUCACCAAAAUUCUAUGAUCGUAGCUAAAUGGGGUUUUGAAUUAAAUCAAAGAAAUCAUAUGCCGAACUGGGAGUCGAAUCCUUAGUAAGAUUGUGACAGAGCGUCGCAUGAGGUUUUGCAGGACAUGUUGCGGAAACAGCUUGCCGGAAAAUGCGCCGAACGGCGCGAGAAGGUUUAAAGUCAGUAAGAAUUGCACAUUAGGUUUUUGAAAUAAAACUUUUUAAUAGCAAGAUAAUGCACUGUAGAUACCUCAGAAUAUGCAUUUUGUUGGCUUUCAAUACCAGAAAUAGUGCUCGGCGGCGGGGCUUCGCCCCGCGCUGGGGGACCGCUGCGAACUCCCCCAGACCCCCUUGCUAUCAAGGGCGGAGAGUCUACAAUAAACAAUAAACGUCUUCCGAAAGGGUCAGAAUGUAAUAAAGAUUAAUUAUGUACACACACACACAUAUAUAUAUAAUUUUUUUUCGCGGGGGGGGGGGGGUGGUCGGGUGGGGGACCCCCCCCCCCCAAAACCCUCCCCGAAAAAAAAUCCUGGCUACGCCCAUGAUACUUACAACACAUUGUUUAUACUUUGCAAUCUUUUGCACUUCUUAUAGAGCUAUGGUGGAAGAAGGGAAAAAGAUUCUUUAUUAUUGAUUUAUAUUCUUCUUGCACAAAUCUUAAGUUCUUAUUUCCAUUUACAUUAGUAUUAAAUUACAGAACAACUUAACAUUUGUUUUAAUAUGUUUAUAAAAUUUGCUAAAUUGCUUCUCUCUCCCCCUCUCUCUGUCUGUCUCUCUCUCUCUCUCAGCAUCAUUGAAAUUAUCUAUAAGAGCAAUUAAUUGCCUUUUUAACUAAUAACUAAAAGUGUAUCUCUUUAUUAUUUAUAAAACAUUUUCAUUUGAAUAGUCAUUUAUUUUUCAUUAAAAUACAUUCAUUUAUGUAUAAUAUUGGAUCAUGUAAGACCAGGAGUUUUUCUUCUCCAGUGAAAAUAAAUUUCUGAAUCUCA